UGUCAAGUUAAAACAAAAAAUAUACCAAGCUCCCAGUUAGCUAGAAGGGGUUGUGCUUGGGGACCCUGUAGGGAGAUAACGCAGGAGCAAGGGGAGGGGGCAGAACUGGGGGGUAGAAAGGGAACCAGUAGAAAUCGCGCUUCUGGUAGAUCAACAAAGGUGGGAGAGAAAAGUGUGGGUGGUCUUGUUGAUCCAGUACCCCGAGGUCCCUCCAUGGCGGCAGCGGUGGCUGCGGUGGCCAGAGCAGCAGCAGUGGAAUCAGCGAGCGGGACGGAGUUAGGACCGCUCGGAGCGCCCAGGUCUCGAGGUAGUAUAAGGUUUUUGCAAUCCUUCCACUCGCUGGCAGUUGCAGAAGAUCUGCUUUUUAAGUGAGAAGAACACGCCACCCCUCCGAGGGCUGCGGCUUCCCGGGGCUGUUUCCUCGCUCAUCGCUUUGCCGGCCCCUGGCGCUCACUCGCUAAUUCGUCCGCGCCCCUAAGUUUGCCGAGAGGUGGCUGCGGGCUGGGAGCAGGGUCCCGGCCGGGAGCCGCGGGAGGGGGCUGGGAAGCGGCGAACCGCAAUCCAGAAGCAUCUUGGGGCCAUGUAUAUUUCAUCAAACGGACUUUGGGUGCGUCGCGUCUCGCAGCCAUCAACGCUAUGUGCAGUGACAUUUCUGACUUGAGUGGAGGAAUGCGCGAAGGAAACCGGGGCGAAAUUGCUUCGAGAGGAUCUUCUUGGCGCCAAGGCUAAUUGUCCUGAUUUAUGUCGCUUCUGACAAAAAAGAAAAAAAAAGAUCCAACAUCUUCAUCUGAAAUAAAAUGAAAGCGGUGCCAGGCGGGAUAGAACCGCCCGGCCGCUGGUUCUGAUCCCCCGGGAUCGGGGGGAAAAUCGUUCUGCGGCUUAAAAGAAAAGAAAGAAGAAAGGAAUAGAAAUAGAGAAGAGAAAAAAAACCCACAGUAAAAGUUUAAGGCGAGAAGUGGCGGUGGCGGCGGCGCGGGGAGACUGUGAGAGGAGACGGCUGGUGAGACCUCGGAAGGCGGCGAUUUGGUUCCUAAUCCCACUGUAUUUUUGGAGGGAGAGGCACCUUUCUCAUCCUCCCUUCCUCUCCGCCCACCCCUCUCCCUCCCCCUCAUCUACCUGUCAAAGUCACUGAUCUUUUGCAUUUUGGAAGAGGACGUCAACGGGAAGGAAUUCCCCUGUCCGGGUCCCGGCUCCGAGAGGGGGCGACGCGCAACGAGGCUGCCCCAGGGGCGCGAGGCCAAGGUGUUUGUGCCAGAAGAAAAAGAAAAAUGAUUGCUGGGAAGCAGAUACAGAACCAUAGACACUCAUCCUUGUGCUUCAGAUACUAAUCCCUCAUCGCACCUGAGCAGCCCCCGUGAGCCCUGAAUCCCGAGGAUCACUCAGGAUUAUCUGACAUACAAUGGGAGAGUCAUCACUUUGCUAAAUGAUUAUCUGCACCUGGACAUCUUCCACAAACGUCUAAUAGACAUGUUCUACGAGGAGAAAAGGCUGCAAACUGUUAAUGCCUAACUCAGAUGCAUGUUAGGCUUCCACCAAAGUCCUCAACGUACCCGACCACACUCAGUAUCUCAGUCUCUCACGUUUGGUUUUGGAAUCUGCUUUGAGACCUCAGAGUAUUUUUUUUUAAAUAUACAGACCUACCUAUAUAAAGACACACACACAUACAAUAUACUCAUGCAUAUGUAAAGGAGACACUGACUGCAAAUAAGACACGAAGACUGCCAAGAUUUUAGAGAUGUAUUUGUCAAGAUUCCUGUCGAUCCAUGCCCUGUGGGUUACAGUGUCCUCUGUGAUGCAGCCCUACCCUUUAGUGUGGGGACAUUAUGAUGUAUGUAAAACUCAGAUUUACACAGAAGAAGGGAAAGUUUGGGAUUAUAUGGCCUGCCAGCCGGAAUCCACGGACAUGACAAAGUAUCUGAAAGUGAAGCUGGAUCCUCCGGAUAUUACCUGUGGAGACCCUCCAGAGGCAUUCUGUGCAAUGGGCAACCCUUACAUGUGCAAUAAUGAGUGUGACGCAAGUACCCCUGAACUGGCGCACCCUCCUGAGCUCAUGUUUGAUUUUGAAGGAAGACAUCCCUCUACUUUCUGGCAGUCUGCUACUUGGAAGGAGUACCCCAAACCUCUCCAGGUUAACAUCACUCUGUCUUGGAGCAAAACCAUUGAGCUCACAGACAACAUAGUUAUUACCUUCGAAUCGGGGCGUCCAGACCAAAUGAUCCUGGAGAAAUCUCUCGAUUACGGACGAACAUGGCAGCCCUAUCAGUAUUAUGCCACAGACUGCCUAGAUGCUUUUCACAUGGACCCGAAAUCUGUGAAGGAUUUGUCCCAGCAGUCCGUCUUAGAGAUCAUUUGCACAGAGGAGUACUCCACGGGGUACUCUACAAACAGCAAAAUUAUUCACUUCGAGAUCAAAGACAGGUUUGCGUUUUUCGCUGGACCUCGGCUGCGAAAUAUGGCCUCCCUCUAUGGACAACUGGAUACAACCAAGAAACUCAGAGAUUUCUUCACAGUCACGGACCUGAGGAUCAGGCUAUUGAGACCCGCCGUUGGGGAAAUAUUUGUAGAUGAGCUACAUUUGGCACGUUACUUUUAUGCGAUCUCAGACAUAAAGGUGCGAGGAAGGUGCAAGUGCAACCUGCACGCCACUGUGUGUGUGUAUGACAACAGCAAACUGACGUGUGAGUGUGAGCACAACACAACAGGUCCAGACUGCGGGAAAUGCAAGAAGAAUUAUCAGGGCCGACCGUGGAGUCCAGGCUCAUACCUCCCCAUCCCCAAAGGCACUGCAAACACCUGCAUCCCCAGCAUCUCCAGUAUUGGUAACUGUGAAUGCUUCGGCCACUCCAAUCGGUGCAGUUAUAUCGAUCUGCUAAACACAGUCAUUUGCGUGAGCUGUAAACACAACACUAGAGGGCAGCACUGUGAGUUAUGCAGGCUGGGCUACUUCAGAAAUGCUUCCGCACAGCUGGACGAUGAGAAUGUGUGCAUAGAGUGUUAUUGUAACCCUUUGGGCUCAGUCCAUGAUCGUUGUAAUGGCUCAGGAUUUUGUGAGUGUAAGACUGGAACGACAGGGCCUAAAUGUGAUGAGUGUCUGCCAGGAAAUUCCUGGCACUACGGCUGUCAACCUAAUGUCUGCGACAAUGAGCUCCUACACUGCCAGAAUGGAGGGACCUGCCACAACAAUGUGCGCUGCCUGUGCCCAGCCGCCUAUACCGGCAUCCUUUGUGAGAAGCUGCGUUGCGAAGAGGCGGGCAGCUGUGGCUCCGACUCCGGCCAGGGAGCACCCCCACGGGGCUCCCCAGCACUGCUGCUGCUGACCGUGCUGCUGGGGACAGCCAGUCCCCUGGUGUUCUAGGGGUCACACCAGCCCUCCGACAGGCCUGUGCUGUGGGGACGCAGACACAACCCAAGCGAUUGCUACUAACAUAGAAAACACGCACACCCACUCCAACACAGUGUACAAACGAAGAGGGCAUAACUGAACUAAGCCAUAUCUCUCAGACCCGGACAGCACAUCUGUCGGAGUCGAAACUGUUCAUCACUGACUCCAGAGGAAUUGGCAGCUGUUGUUAUUAUCACUGCAAAUCUCAUUGCCAGCUGCAGAGCCCAUUGCGGACUGGAAAGGUUGCGAGAGCGCCCCCAAAAGGAAAGACAAAAACAAACUGAUCAAACAACCUAAAAGGAAAAAAAAAUUUCGCUACUCUACCGUGGUGCACCCUAGUACCGCUCUGCCCAGUGUGUGGACCAACCAAAUAGAAGCAUUCUUUGCUGUCAGGUGCAUUGUGGGUAUAAGGAAAUCUGUUACAAGCUGCCAUAUUGGCCUGCUUCGGCUCCCUGCCCCCAUCCCUUCCAACCUGUGCUUUAGUGAAAGUUGCUCUGUAACCCUUGUUGGUUGAAAGAUUUCUUUGUCUGAUGUUAGUGAUAUACAUGUGUAACAGACCCCUUCCAAAGCGCAAGCCAGUCAUACCCCUGUAUAUUUUAGCAGCACUGAGAGCCCAGUGCCAGCUCACACCCACUUCCCAAGAGUGGCUAGAGGAAAGAGAAAGUGUAUCUAUCCUUUUGUAUUAAAAUGAAGUUAUUUUUCUUGAAAUACUGUAAUAUGUAGAUUUUUUGUAUUAUUGCCGAUUUACGUUACCAGACAAUCUGUUAAUGUAUCUAAUUCGAAUCAGCAAAGACUGACGUUUGAUUUUUGUCCUCUCUUUGCUUUGGUUUUGUUUCGUUGUGCAGAGAUUUCUCUGUAUGGGCAACGAGCGUGCUGGCAUCAAAGAAUAUCAGUUUACAUAUAUAGCAAGUGUAAUAAGAUUCCACCAAAGGACAUUCUACAUGUUUUCUUGUUGCUUUAACGCUGGAGGAUUCAAAAAAUAAAAGUUCCUGCAUACAUGACGUCAGGAAUUUGCAUUGCCGUUUCUUAAGAGGAAAGGAGCAACCCUCCAAGAGUUUCACCGUCACUUCACUGAUUUUGUGUGGACCGAACACAGUCAGCUGACGACGUCAGUAGCCCAGGAAGAUGGAUUGAUAGUCACUAGCUUGGACAACGUCUGCAAAGUACGAGACUAUUUUCCACCUGGGAAAAAUCCUAACCGCAAGAACAGAGAGAAAGAAAUAGCUAAGUGAUUGCCAAGAUUAUGCCAAAGCCUGUUGGCAGAGUACUAAGAGACUUUUAUUUUUAAGUCAUGCUAUUUUCACAGAUUUAUGGUGAUCAUGUGACUCUAGGGAUGCUGAUCUAUGUAUCCUUCCAAAUACAGUGUUUACAUGGAGUAUCAUAAGAGGCCACCUGGGGAACCAGGACAGCAGCAGGGAAAUUGAGUGAUUAGCAAUUUGACUUUGAAUAUAUUCUAAGUAUUUAAAUGAAAUAUCAAAAUAUACAGCAGCAAGUAGACAUAACUGCUGUUCCUGAGAAUAAAGUCUGUUUCAAGUACUGCCCAAGGUGUAAUAAAUUCUUGUUUCUGCCUUUUAUUAGGCCAAUUACCGUACAAGACAGCAAAGGGAGCCGGGGAGGGGGGAGAAACACUGCAAAGUUUUGGAGGGGCUGGAACAGCACAUGUUCUGUCCCAGGAUACUGCCACCCCACAGGUGACAAAUGUGUCAGCAGCAGCAUCUCUCAGAAUCAGAAACAAUUAUGAGGCCAAGACAGAAGCUUAGGGACAAUGAAGUCCUACGUGACUUGGUGGGACAAUAACCUACGACAGUAUUAGGUCAGAAGCCUCGUUCCAGGCUGAAUUCUUCACCCUGCUGCCAGUCUUUGCUGAGCAGAGGGGGAGGAAAUGCCUUCUGAUAAAUAACCCGAGUCAAAACUAGAUGAAGGAACAGCAUGUCUUAUUGGUUUUGUUCCCAGAAAAGCCAAUUCAAAGAAGGCAAUAAAAGGUAAGCGGGUAAUGCCUGUUCUGCCUGCCACCCCACGUCCAAGUCGAUUGAAUGUUUGUUAUUCAAACCAACAGCCUCUUUUGAUAUAAGAAAUAGGGAAAGAUGAAAAUAAAUUAGCGCUUUGGCUUCGUGCCAGAGUGGCCAACCCGAAAUGGCAGAUUUACAUUAGAAGCAUAAAUAGAAAAUUAUAUUCCCAGCUCACCAAAGAAUACACAUGAAAACGCUGAUAGCCUACAGAGUGUGAGAUUACUUCUAAUGAGGCGGACUUCUUAUGUUAAGACGGAGUUUAAGUUGUCGUAUAGUUUAUUAGCACAAACCAAAGGCAGACUGUGUUAUUCCUGGCAACGGUGCACUUUAUAAUUAUGCGCUCAUAACCUUGCCACAAUGAUCAGGAAUCAGACAAUGCACAAUUCAAUCCAUGGGAUUCCAAAAGCUCAUUCUGAAAUUUAAUGAAGGCCUGAUUUAAAUAGACUCAUCUGCAUUUUAUCUUUAUGAGGCUAUAAGAAUCUAAAUUGAUGAGGAAUAUCUUGCAUUCAGUGUAUUUAGAUAUAGUUCUAUGAAUUUCUUGGAGUGAUGUGAUC